GGGAGCCGUAUAAAUAGCGACACAGCAAUCGGAUGGCAACUGUCGACGGAGGAAACACAAGUUUAGUUCACGACUUACCAAUACCCAGGAGCAUCCCUCCUUCUAAUCGACACCUACAUCACAACGAACAGUGACAUGUUGGCGUUUUUAGUUGUUGGACUGCUGCUUUCGGCGGUUCAUAGUAUUCGAACCCCGCCGUCCCUGUCCCAAAUCGCAGAAAACUCUCAGCCAACUUUAAAUCCAUUGCAUUGGUUUCGUCAACGUUCUUUGGAGGACGUUGAGCCAUUGGAACGAACACAUCCUCAGUUUUGGUUUAGCCAAGCAGUUAGACGAAUGGCCCAGAUGCACGAUGAUCCAUUUACUGAUUAUGAACUGAACAUUUACCGGGGAAGCGACAGCUUUGGUGCUCCUGGUUUAAGUACAAUGGAUAGAGCGGAAACCAGUGACCUGUCCAAAGAGCGAACGCAGAGGAUCACUUCUAAUGAGCUGCCGUACAUGGAAAAGCGGGACAGCUAUUUAUCAAUGUGUCAUUUUAAGCUGUGCAAUCUGGGAAGAAAACGACGAAUUUCUCAGGGGGGACAAGUGGAACUCACUCCUGGCAUUCUUAACUCCAACUAGUCAAAUUUGAUGCCGUUAAGGUCAGAACCUUUGAAUACAGAGAUGGCAAGAAGUACGUCAUAAAAUGUUAAACGAAACACGAGGAAAUAGAUUGUUAAUGACGCGUAUACGUGACGCGUAGGAAAUAAAAAAAAAUCCAUUUGUAAACUAUUCGA